AGAGAGAGAGAGAGGGAGACUGGGAGCUUAUUAAGUCUGCAAGAAAACGAAAACUGAUGAGUGAAGGAUACAGAGAUUAAAAGAGGCAGACAGACAGACGUGUGAAUGAGCCAAAGGACUGAACAGCAACCUGGAUUACAGACUAUUAUAUUUCUAACUCCUGUUUUGCUUAAAGGAGGAUCCCCCCUCUAUAUGGACACCUAAUCAGUACCAGUGCUGGAAGACGAAAAAGGAUGGGAUUCAUGCUUUUAGCUGCUGUGGGCCAUAAACUGGGUCAGCACCUGAGAAGGAGCUGAAAGGAGCAGCAGCACCAGACACUGAGACAUUUUUGUCCUAUUGAAAGAGCACAAGGGGAACAGGCUGAACUGGCUUGAGACACAAAACAGAAUGCAGAAUUCUGGGAGAAACAGUCAAGAUACUGAAAACAAGCUUAGCUGACUCAUUCUUGUAAAAAAGUUGUAAAAAAUUUCCAUUUUUUACAAACCAAAUCUUUGACAGGAUAAAAGAGAACUUUAGUCUGUAUUUUAAAAAUCGAACAUCUGUGGAUUUCACCACAAGGAGUAAGAAAAGGACUGAUUUUGGGACAUUUUUUGUUGUUGUAACUCAAAAAAAAUCUGUAGGUUCAGAGGAAAUACAUUCACAGUUGUCUGCAGAAGGAAUCAUUUCCUUCUCAGUCACCUGCUGUACAGUCAUGAUGCAGAGCCCCGGACCUGAACAUGAUGAUUCUUUUGAUUUCCUGUUUAAGAUCAUCCUGAUUGGAGACUCUAAUGUUGGAAAAACCUGUGUGGUUCAAAACUUUAAGUCUGGGGCAUUCUCAGCGAAACAGCAGAACACCAUCGGAGUGGACUUCACUGUACGAACCAUGGAUAUUGAGGGAAAGAAAGUUAAGAUGCAGGUGUGGGACACAGCAGGUCAGGAGAGGUUUCGAACCAUCACCCAGAGCUACUAUCGCAGUGCUCACGGUGCCAUGAUCGCCUAUGACAUAACAAGACGCUCAACCUUUGACUCAGUGACCCACUGGAUAAAGGAAGUGGAGCUCUACGGAGCAGCCAAUGUAGUGAUGGCGCUCAUAGGUAACAAAUGUGACUUGGAGGAUGAACGUCACGUUCGCUUUCAGGAGGCUUGUGCUCUGGCAAAUGAAAAAGGCCUAAUAGCUGCUCUAGAAACAUCUGCAAAGGAUAGUCAAAAUGUGGAGGAAGCCUUCAUGAUGAUGGCCAGGGAGCUGCUGUCUCGUAAUGGCCUUCAUGUCCAGCAGGAGGAUGUAAAGAGCAGCAGCACUCCCCGGAUUCUCCUCCGGGCCAACUCUCGACCAGUUGACAUUACCUCAGCUGCCUACACACCACCAGAGAAGAAGUCCUGCUGCUGAUGCAAAAAAGUAAAAAAACAAGCGGACAGGGUGGAAGAAAGAGUAUGAAAUCAGGACAUUUCUGAAAAUACUAAUAUUGAUGGAUACAGGGACAAGGAGCAAAUAAAGAACAUCUUUUAUCAUGUUGAUUGUGAGGAAAGAAAUGGAAGAAGUUACAAAGAAACUCACAAAGCCUCAAGAACUAAGAGUCAUAGCUCUCAGGAGGUUUAAGCAAUUAUUGGAGAGCAUUGAGAGGUCGAUGCCGUGUACUUUUCUGUGACAGAUGACCUACCUGGAGUGAAGAAGGAUGGCUUUGUUUGUCCACUGCUGCUAAAGAACAAUAAAUUAUAUUCUAAGAUAAGUCAUGUUUACGAAUAAGGUUUGCAAGAGACACUGGUGACCAGCGAGGGGUAUGUAAUCAGUGCUGAAUGAAAUUGCAAGUCUCUUUUAUAUUUGUUUUUCCUGGAUUACCCUCAUCAGACUGUGACAAAUUCUGUUUUUUGUUUUUAUUUGCACUCUCAGAAUAAACAUAUUGAAACCCUUUAAAUGUAAAAACAAAAUCAUUACAUUCUACAUAUCUUAAAGGUGUCACCUUCCCUCUGAAGGCCGACACAUACUAUCAACCUGUAGGACAGAAGAUUCCUAGUAUUUCACCCAAAAGUUCUUUUGUGGUGCCUCUUUGAUUAUCUGUGAUUACCUGCUGCUGUGUUCUGGAUUAAACAUCCCAGAGAAGCCAAAAGACUUUCAGUUAUGCAGUUUGUUAGGAAAUGAUAAUGCCAUACAUUGUUAUGAAGGUUUUUAAUAGGAUGAACAACCUCACUUUGAUCACUAGAGGACACUGUGCUACUAUUACACAUGUUCUGUAACUGCAGGUUGGAUACCCAUUGCCUUAGACAAUAAAGAUCAUCUAAAACAUC